GAAGAGAUGACGUAACAGUAGCGGAGCGGAGCUGGGUUUACGCGAGGCUCGCGGAGGCUGCUACCCGAAGACCGCUCGGCGGCGACAUUGUCGCCAUGACCAUAUGUCAGUUCUUUCUACAGGGAAGAUGCCGCUUCGGAGACCGCUGCUGGAAUGAACAUCCGGGCGCCAGGGGUGCGGGCGGGGGACGGCAGCAGCAAGCUUCAGGUACUAACAGACGUGGAUGGAAUACCACCAGCGAAAGAUACUCCACUAUUAUCCAGCCAUCUAGUUUCACUAAAUCCUCCCCUUGGGGGGGCAGCAGAGAUCAAGAAAAGCCAUCCUUUGGUUCUUUGGAUUCUGGAGCUUCAUCUAGCAGGAACAGGGGAUUUGGAUCAUCUCACAAUCCAUUUGCUUCUGUUAACGCUGAUGAGCAAAAAGAUGAAAGGAAACUUUUGGAAGGAAUUGCAAAAGACAUGGAAGUUUGGGAAUCAUCAGGGCAAUGGAUGUUUUCAGUUUACUCACCAGUCAAUACAAAACCUAAUAUUUCAGGUUUUACAGACAUUUCUCCAGAGGAACUGAGAUUUGAAUACCAAAAACUCCAAACCAGCAAUGACUUACAGACUUACCUGAAUUCCAUUCAACAGUUAGUGAGUCAGUGGAAGGACAGGGUAAAUGAACUAAAAAGUCGAAAUACGUCCACUAAAAUAGUGUUGUUCUCCAAUACAAAGGAUGGAGUAAAUCAUUCAGCACCUGCAUUUGGAUUUGGCAGCAGGCAAACAACAUUUGGGUCACAGGGUUUCCCAAUGAACAAGAGCAGCAGUGAUAAUGUUCAGAAUUUUAGUUUUAAAACAAGCCCUAUUUCAUCUGGAAGCCCUUCUGUGUUUGGGAAUACUCCAGCUUUUGGAGCUGUAUCUUCAGCCAGUUCUGUCAUCACUACUUCUGCUCCAGCUUUUGGAUUUGGGAAACCUGGGAUGACAUCCACAAUUUCAUUUUCAUUUAAAAAUCCUGCCAUUUCGAGUUCAGGACCACCCGGAUUUUCAGGAUUCCCAGCUUCCACAGUGACCGGACCUGCUGGAGCUCCAGCCUUUGGAAGCAGCAGUUCCAUGACUGGUUUUGGUAGUUCAGCCUCACAAUCUCAUAUUGUUUCUUCCAAGUCAUCCAGUGAUGCCUCUGGAAAUAGCAGCAGACUUUCUUCUUUCCCAGUCUCAAAUGGCAGUACAUCGAGAGGUGAUCUAUUAUUUACACCCAAAGAUCAGCUAACAACAGAAGAACUCGAACAAUUUCAAUGCAAGAAAUUCACUCCAGGAAAAAUUCCAAUAAAGCCACCACCUGUGGAACUUCUAGAUAUUUAAAAGGGCAAUCUUAAAUACCAAAAAAAAAAAAAACCAGCUUUUUAAAGUUCGGGUCAUCAUAUAAAAGAGCACAUCUGUGGAGCAUGAGUGUUUAAUAAUAACUUUCAGGGGGGUUGAAUUUUUAUCUUUUUUUGUUGGUACCUGGGAGCUGUGGAAUAUCAGGUUAGAGGACAGUCAGUAUGAAAAAUAAAAUGAGCGGUGUAGACUUUAAAAAAAGAGAUUUUAUUUUUGUUGAGUUUAACUACUUAAGUAAAAGCAACAAAAAUCACUCGAUUUUUUCUAUCAUAAUUAUGAGUGGAACUGAAAAAAUAUCAGUGUGCAUCUAAUGUAUUACUUUUCUCUGUCACUUAACUGUCUUACCCCUUAAGGUUUUACUUUUUAAAUAUUUUUCAGGAAGCUUUUUAGACUCCAUUAGGGGAAAAUACACAUAUCAGCAUGACUUUUGUGUUAGGUAAGAUUCUCUUCAAGAACAGAUUUUUAUUUAAAAGGUGGCAGUUUUUAUUUUAAGAACCUAGGAGGCAUUUUUCCCUUCAUAAUUUUGAUCACAUUUUGAUUUUGGCAAUCUUAUGAACCAUCAUUCAUGUUUUCUCCAAUUUUAAGAUUAUCUUAGCCUUAUUUUUAUAUAUUUAUUCCUUAUGUUGUUCGUCUAAAUUAUAAGAAUACAAAUUGUGAUCUCAUGUGAAUAAACAAUUUUAUAGCAGUAUCAGAAUUCAACAACUUUGUUUCUAGAGCUUAGAUUAGAUUAGAAUUCUCAGAUAUGUUUAUAUUUUGUAUAAUUCAGUGGGCAAGUGAUCCAAGAAACCAAAGAUCUGUUUUGAAUUGUGUGUGUGUGUGUGUGUGUGUGUGUAUGUGUGUUCUGUGUUUCUUUCUUGGAUCUCAAAAACUGCAUAGCUAGGUAACCAAAAGUCAAAAAAAAAAAAAAAAGAGAGAGAGAGAAAACCUAAUGCUGCCAGAACAGCGACCUAACAUAGGUCUGUUACUGAAGUGAUUUUUUUUUUCUUUUUUUUUGGUCUUUUAAGGAAAUAAAGUUUUACCUGAAAAAUAUGUAUGCCAGAUAAUUUUAACAUAUUUGCAAGGGACUCAGUUCUCUGGGAAUCCACAUUCUCUUUUAUACUUUUUAAAGAAUUAUUGUUUAUAUUUCAACAAAGAAUUCUGGAACCAUCCUAUUUAGAAAUUUAUACCCAAGGGUUAUGUUUGAAGCCACCUGUUAUAUAGACAUGGCAAAUAAACCUUAAGUUUCUGCUUUGGUCUGAAACUCUUAAGGAUUUCCCAAUGUUUAUUCAUAUAUACCACAGACAAUUUUUUCUACCUGAGUGAAAUGAACCCUGACUCUCUUGGGUCCAAUUAUACUUCUCCAUGUCCUGGAAACUCUGAGGGCCUACUGUUUUGUUUGAUAUAAGAGUCACCUGGAGUACUUGUUAAAUAGAAUUUCCACUGAAUCCACUCAGGAAUGCUUCUUCCCUUCAAGUAUUCCAUAUGAUUCCUCAAUCAGGCUUGGGCAACAAUACAGUUAUUUGGGCUACUUA